AAGUCUUGUUGUUUGGGCCCUGGCUUGGUAUGGAAAGCAACCCAAACCAAACUGAGGAGAGCCGAGUAGAGGCAGGAGCAUUUCUGAUCAAUGUUGAAAGCUCACAGACAGAUACGGCAAGCUACGUCCGCAAAUACACAUUUGUCACGAGCGAAACGAAGACUUGGCGCGAGGCCCAGAGGCUCUGCAGAGACCAGUACGACGACCUGGCCACCGUAGCCAACCAGGAAGACCUAAACAAGAUCACCGGCAUGCCGGAAAGCCGUACCGGGGCCUUUUGGAUCGGUCUGAACUACGACCCCUCCAGCUGGAGAUGGUCAGAUCCACAGGUAGAGGGAGAAUUGGGUCCAUUCCGUCCUUGGUAUCUCAAUCAGCCGGACAACCGUGGAGGGGUUGAAUACUGUGCCUCCGCCUUGGCGAUUGGCAACUGGACAGACAGGGAUUGCUACGAGAUACUGCCGUUCAUCUGUUUCAACGAGCGAGGCGAGUACGUGCUGGUGGCCGAGGGGAAGACGUGGCCGGGAGCUCAGAGCUACUGCAGGACCCACCACGAAGACCUGGUCUCCGUCCGGAGCCCGGGCGAUAAAGACAAAGUGAUUCAGGCACUGCCGAGUGACGGUUCGGUCCCGGAGGUCUGGAUCGGUCUAUCCAGAAAUCCCUGGGUUUGGUCCGAUGGCAGCAGGGUCUCAUUUACAUCGUGGAUGACCAGUCAGCCCAAUAGCUACGGCUCGCAGCCGUGUGUCUACAUGCAAAAUGGACAUUGGAAUGACUACGGCUGUGACGCCAAAUACUACAUUCUCUGCCAAGAACUGUUACCAAAAAAGGAGAUGUUUGUGGUGAAAGUGAAUAUCAGCUCUGACGCCAAUCUGAAUCUUCCAGCAGAGAAAGACUCGCUCCUGCACAGGUUUCAGGCCCGGCUGGAGAAGCAGGGCGCCGCCGGCUUUAACAUCAGCUGGCGUGCAGAAAGAAACGGCCUGUCGGCCGGGCUGACCUCAGCGGCGGAUGGCGCCGACAUGGCCGUGGACGACACCCGCUCGGCGAGGCCGGACGAGACCUGCGCCUCGGUCCCCCAACAGGACCACCCCUGGUGGCAGCUGGACCUGAGGAGCGUCUACCGCAUCACCGCCGUGUCCGUCACGGCGGCCACGUGCUGCCCGGAGCAGCUGGACGGCGCCGAGAUCCGCAGCGCGUACAGCUACCAGUGUGAGGUCCAGCGCGCCCGUUUUGUCCACGUCCUGCUUCCGGGGCGGCAGAGGAAUUUGACUGUCUGCGAAGUGCGGGUUUAUGGCACCGUGCUGGACCACUGCUCCCUCGAGCUCUGCAGCCGCAACUACGCUUUCAUAGACGAAGGGCCCACGACGUGGGCCGGGGCCCAGACCUUCUGCCGCCAGAGGUCCAUGGACCUGGCCGCCAUCCACAGCGCUCAGGACAUGAACGCGGUGGUGGACGCCAUGCAGGAGAAAACCCCUCAGGACUUCUGGAUCGGGCUGUACCACGACCAGCCGAGGUGGCGGUGGUCGAUGUCGGACGACGAUGACCACGGGGACGCCACAGACCCGUUCAGGAACUGGGCUCCCGGAGAACCCGGCGAACAGCCCGGCCAGCACUGCGCGGGCAUGCAGGACACGGGGGAAUGGAGAGACCUGGAUUGCGGCUCGCUUAACUUCUACGUCUGCGUUGACGAAGGGGCAUCUCAAACUAAGACUCUCGUGAAAAGGCCGACGACGUGGGCCGAUGCUCAGCAGAACUGCAGGAAGAGCUACUCGGACCUCGUCAGGGUGAGGGAUCCGGCCGAGAACGAGGAGAUUCGGAAAACGGUGCCAGCAGGGAAGCUGGUCUGGAUCGGCCUUUACGGAGACUCCUGGAAGUGGUCUGAUGGAGGGGACGCUAUGUUCAGAUACUGGCGGCCGGGGCCAGCUGACGGCUCUGGGGAAGGAGCAAAAUGUGCUCAAGUCAGUGGAGGCGCAUGGAGAGUGGAAUCCUGUGAUGCCAAAUCCAUGGUUCUGUGCUACUAUUACAAGAAGAGGACUUUGGUGAAAAUCAGUGCCAGCAUUGACAUGUGCGACCCGGCUAUCCAGCAGCAGAUCCAAAAACAGCUGGAGGGAAAGCUCCUAAAAAUGGGAAACAAUAACUUUAAGGUCCAUUGGAGGAGGACUAUGAGACAACUUCCAGACAAGAAUGAAGAAGCACGGUGUGUGCCAGCCAAAGAGGGC